AGUUGAGCGCGAGCGUCCCGUCACGACGAGCGUCCCGACGCCGCUCUCUCGACUCGCUCGACGGCGCGACCAGCUCGACGCAGUCAGUACACGCGUCCCGACGCCCGGGAAUGCGUCCGUCGACGGAGGUGUAGUUUUGCCGCGCGAGUUUGCGAUCGUGCGGGUGACACUCCGCCGGAAAAACGUGCAAAAUUCGCGGUUCUAUUCGAACAAGGGAAAGGGAAAGAGUGCGCGAAUGGAAGAGUGAGCCAAAAGGGAUAUACGCGCGUAUAUGGCGCGCCGUGUCACACUCUUACCAGUAUAAUGCUACACUUUCUUCGCGAGAAUGAGGGUGGCACGGCUAUUACUGUGCUGCGUACUUCUCGAAGACUACAGCACCAAUCUCGGCGGAACGGCAAUUACCAGUGACGCCAUGCGCCAAGACGGCUCCUCGUCCGCGACGAAUCCGACGCUAUCAGAUGUGCCGAGCUUCUCCGAGCCGAUCGGCAACGUGACCGCCGCUAUCGGCAAAGAGGUCGCUCUUUCCUGUACCAUCAGGAAAGUGGGAAAUUACAAGGUGGGAUGGCUACGUGCCGAGGAUCAGACGAUACUAUCGAUGGGCGAUCGCAAGGUCAUUCAGUCGGCUCGAUUCUUCGUCACCCUGGAGAACGCCAAGACGAAGAACCAGACGCAGUCGCGGGAGGACGAGGAGGCCACUUGGCAGCUACAUAUUCGGGGGUUGAAGGAAGCCGAUCGUGGCUGCUACAUGUGCCAACUCAACACCAAGCCCAUGUUAAGCCAGCUGGGAUGCGUGGACGUCCUAGUGCCGCCUGAUAUUCUCAGUUCCGGCACCUCAGAUGGCGAGGUCUCCGUUCUUGAGGGUGAGAACGCCACGUUGUCGUGCAAGGCGUCCGGACGACCACCGCCUCGCGUGUUCUGGCGACGCGAGAAAAGUGAUUUCAUACUCGUGAGGGGUGUUCACGAUCCGUUGAUACAAGUGGACAACCUGUCCGGCGAGAGGCUAGAAUUAACCAGGGUAGACAGAAGGCAAAUGGGGGCUUAUCUUUGCAUAGCUAGAAACGAAGUGCCUCCGGCGGUCAGCAAGAGGGUUAAUCUAAAAGUAAAUUUCCCUCCUAGCGCAAAAGCACCCAAUCAACUGCUCAGUUCUCCUCUGGAUACAAACGUGUCGCUAAUCUGCUUAAUCGAGGCUUAUCCUAGGACGAUUAACUUGUGGAUGCGGAAGGAGCAAGUUAUCAUGAGCGGAGGCAGAUACGAAAUCCACGAGGAAUCGGACCCCGACGAGGAAUGGAAGAUGACGAUCGUGUUGAAGAUAAGACGUUUGGAGAAAACGGAUUUGGGUGAAUACACGUGCUCAGCCUCCUCAAGUAUGGGAAAAGCUGAGGCGACUCUCAGGGUCUACGAGAUCGAGCGCGUAACCGUGUCCAACCACGUCACCUCGACUAACUGGAAGCGAUUGAACCGAGGCAAGUCAAAGUCCGGGCAAGGGACGAUGGUCAAUCGGAUUUUCUAUCAGCAGGUGAGCACGCCGGCGAUGCAGAAGAGUACCGCGCGAUUGAUUCACAACAACAGGUACGCGACCACAUCGACUACCGCGGAUCCACGCGCUCCCUUAAUCAAGGACCAGGGUAACGCCUUUAAGCAUAACCGCAACGACAACCACCAGAACAUCAAGGAGCGUAGCGACGCGUCUGCGAUUAUCGCCAGCAAGAGAAUCGUCUUGCCGCUCUGUCUCGUAUUGUUCUCAGCAGUACGAUAAGACGUAAAGUGACGAGAACUACGAGAACGAUGGCGGCGGCGACGACGACGACGAUAUAGCUACUCCUUCGCAAAAGAAAUUACUUUGCGAGCCAGCAUGGAAUUGUGUUCAUCGAUCCGACGAACAGCGAGGAUAAGAAGAAAGAAGCUUACGAAAAGACUCGCAAACGAAAAACGCGGUGGGAACGAUUCUCAGACAACGACGACGAGGGAUCGAAAGGCUGAUGAAAGAACUAACUGUUCCGUUUAAUUAGCCAGAUCAACGUUCUUAGCAGCACGAGGGAAGAUCGAAAGGGAAGCGAACACUUGAACGCUUUUACAGGGUAAGAUCGAAAGAGAAGCGAAUACUUGGCCACAUGGCAGGAUGGAAACGGAAGGGGAGUCUGAUCCGUUAAUGCGAGUGAAUGUUGCUCGAGAUAACCGCUGCGGAUUUUUACGGAAAGACGCUUACGAAUGUAUUUUUUAUGACUCUUUUAUCCGUUGCUAACGUGUGAAAAGUUUGAGGAUGAAACGUGCUUUUUGGUUGGAUUAAAUAUAUAUUAUCAUCUGGAUAAUUUUAAUUCUCGGACAGCAAACACUCAAUAUGAUUCAUUUGAGUCAUAAUAAAAUUGAGUUUAUUUUUAUUGUAAAAUAAACUAUUUUUCAUCAGUCAAAUAUAAUUUAUACUGCAGCUACAAAUCAUUUGUUUCGAUAAUUAAUAAAACAACAUAAAUUUGAAAAUAAAUAUAAAAUAAUGUGACGUAUGAUUAUUGAAGAAGAAUAAAAAAAAAAAAAAUCAAAGAUUUAAGUAUUGUUGUUCGAGAGUUAAAAGUACGAAGAAGAGAUUUUUUAUUAUUCGAAGAGUGAGUGAUUAUUCUUUUCGUUUUAGGAUUAAUAGAUACUUGAGGUAAUUUCGUAACAUUAGCAUCGAAAGCCUUAUAUAUAUGCAGGGUGUCUAUCUGAAAUGAGUUGUCACCAUCGUUGACGACGGUCGGAGUCCACAGAGUUUAAACGCAUACGUGCAAAUUGCAAUCUCGAUACGCAUAUUAUAUGUAUAUCUCGUAACGAGAGUGACGACUCAGUUAAAAUGAACAUCCGUUACGUUGUCAUUGUAAUACGUCUUCAUCGAUGAAUCACACGAACUUUCCAAGCAAUUGUGCGAUUGUACCCAAAUGCAGACAAAUAAUUAGCAUACUAAUUUGUAUGUAAGAGAUAAGACGAUAAUAUCUUUGUUUAUUGUGAUGUAAGAGAGAGCGAAUCGAUAUUAUACCUGGCAUCAUAGCGAGCGUUAUCACGUCAUAUCCGAAAAAUAAGAUCCAUAUCUGUAGCACAUAUAAUAGCAUACCGAACACUUUAGGAGAAUAUUAUAGGUCAUCUCGGUUAUUUUAUGUAUUUUUUUAAAUUACAUGUAGGCAAAUGUACCUUAUAUAUGUCGGUAAUGAAGCGAGACCACGUUAUUGGUAUAGCAUAAGUGGUUAAAUGCGAGGACUAACCGAUGUAUCCGCUUUUUAAAUAAAACGCGUUAAAUUAAACUUGGCUUCGCCAGUUUUUGUAUAAGAUACGCUCAGCCGCAUCAUUUCGAGAAAUGCAUGCGUACGUUUCAGUGAUGAUACAUGUGUAUGAUGGGGUAGAUAAAUGUGUACGUUGUGUAUAAAAAUAUGAGCAAUCGACAGCAAAUGAUCUUAUAAUAAUUUCUAGCAAUAUUAACGCAGAGAUCAUUUAGUUAAUGUUCCUCGCAAAACUAUGAACCAUAUCUUGCUCUGUAAUUAAAACGAUUAUGUAAAGCGAUAUUAAGCAAUGUUCAAUGCUCUCGAAGUGUAUUAAAGGCGGCAGAAGAGAUGAAGUGAUUUGACGCUUAAACAGCUAUAAUGUCUAUCAAUAUGGAGUACAAGUCUUAGUUACAUCGCGUGGUUUACUGUCAUGGAGAAGGUAGCAUAUCCCACACAGAGCAAAAAUAUGUUAAAUGUAUCUAUUUAACGAACCUUGUAUAUCACAGAAUGCUCAAUAUAAUAACUUUACAAUAACUAUAUUAAAAGAAUGUUGUUGUUUAUAGGAGACGGAAAAAUAUAUUAUGAGAAUACAAUGAGAAAAUGUGCUCAAAUUGGAUGAUAGAGCUUUGGAGGAAAAAAAAUAACGUGUUGA